UUUGUCGUGAUUUUUAAAAAUUAAGUGAAAAUGCCAAUAAGACCAGAUCUUGAGCAGUUGGAAAAAUGCAUCGAUGAUGUUUUAAGAAAAAAUGAUUUUAAACCUUUGAAAACCCUCUUACAAAUUGAUAUUUAUGAAGAUGUGAAAAUUAAGUGCAGUAAACAGUUUUUAAACAAGUUGGAUGACCUUAUAUGCAGGGAGCUAGCUAAAAAGGAUGCUCAAGCUGUUUCGACCAUUUUGGUUUCUUUUGGAAGAUGCAGUAAAAAUAUCAGUAUUUUGGGACAAACUGGACUUCUGACUAUGAUAAAACAAGGACUAGUCCAAAAGAUGGUUACCUGGUUUGAAAAAUCCAAGGAAAUUAUUCUGAGUCAAAGAAAUUCAAAAGAAGAAAUUGUUACAAACAUGGUAGAAGACCUAUUUGAUCUUUUAAUGGUGGUACAUGACACCAGUGAUGAAGGUAAAAGACAAGUAGUAGAAAGCUUCAUACCUCGAAUAUGUGCCCUGAUUAUUGACUCAAGAGUUAAUAUUUGUAUUCAGCAGGAGACUCUGAAAAAAAUGAAUGCUAUGCUUGAUAAAAUGCCUCAAGAUGCCAGGAAAAUACUCUUUAGUCAAGAAAUGUUAAUUCUCAUGCGUAGUUUGGGAGAAAGGAUUUUAGAUGCGGGAGAUUAUGAUUUACAAGUUGGUAUCCUGGAGGCUUUAUGUAGGAUGACCACAGAAAAGCAAAGACAGGAACUGGCAUGCCACUGGUUUUCAAUGGAUUUUAUUGCUAAGGCGUUUAAAGGAAUUAAAGACUCAGAAUUUGAAACAGAUUGCAGAAUAUUUCUCAACCUUGUAAAUGGCAUUCUUGGAGACAAGAGAAGGGUCUUUACAUUUCCUUGUUUAUCAGCAUUUCUUGAUAAAUAUGAGCUGAAAAUGCCAUCAGAUGAAAAACUUGAGGAAUUUUGGAUAGAUUUCAAUCUCGGAAGCCAAACUCUCUCAUUCUAUAUUGCUGGAGAUGAUGAUCAUCAAUGGGAAGCAGUGACUGUCCCAGAGGAAAAAGUUCAAAUAUAUACCAUUGAAGUGAGAGACUCGAAGAAACUGCUGACCAUAAGCCUGAAAAAUAUAGUAAAAAUUGGUAAAAAAGAAGGAAAACAAUUGCUUUUGUAUUUUGAUGUAUCAUUAGAAAUCGUUAAUGUGAUGCAAAAAAUUUUUGGUGCAAAUAAAUAUAAGGAUUUUAGCAGAAAACAAAGCAAUUCUGUUGCUAAAACGUCUGUACAUAUAAUUUUCGAUGAAGGUGGAUCACAGGUUCUAGUGCCAGACAGUCAAAAUUCUUCAGCUGAAGUACUCUCUAGUUUGAAAGAAAAAUCUGACUCCCUAAAGGAAGUUGCUGGACUUCCACAACAUACCAAAAAUAGUAAUCAAGGGGACAGAAGAAAUAAUCAGCCUGAGAUCAUUACACCUAGCAAAAGGAAAAUGUCUGAAGCAUCGAUGAUUGUUCCUGGUUCAGAUAGAUACACCGUGAGAAGUCCAAUACUCUUAAUCAACACGUCAAUAGCAAGAAGAAAAAGAAGUAAAUCACCACUGCCAGUGAUGAGAUCUGUAGAAAAACCUGGUGUCUCUAAGACGUUGGAAAAGAAAGUAGAUAAUGCUGUGUCAGUGAAAUCCAGAUCAUCUGAAGGAAGAAAAAGAGGCGAUCACACAGACAAAAAUGUGAAACCUGCUCAGAUUGCUGAAAAACGAACCAAAAAGGAGACUGAACUUCUAAACCAAAAUUCUAGCGACACAACAAAUACUUCAUCAGGACCCACUUACAAUCAAGAAAUUGUUCUUCGCAAAAAACUUCCUAAAGAAAAAUCAUCCUCUUCAACAUCUAAUGAUAAUUCUGAAGAGACGGGAAGAACACCAGAGAAGAAAGAAAUAAUGAAACAGACCAAAAGAGAUAAAGCAGAAGUUUGGAAAAGAAACUGUCAGCAAAGGAUAAAUCAUUCUAAGCGUUUAGAACAUAAAAAGUUGGAAAAUACCAGCCAGAAUUCUGACUGGCACAUUGAAUCAGAAACUACCUUUAAAUCAGUACACUUAAAUAAAACUGUUGAAGAGUCUCUGAUCUAUAGGAAGAAAUACAUAGUGUCAAAAGAUAAGGAAGAGUCAAAAGAGAAAGGAUACACUGACGCAACAGAAUCCUUGAUAAACCAAAUUAAUAAGAGAUACAAAGCAAAGGAAGACCUGAAUUCUACAAGAAAACUAGAGGAUUCCUCGGCUGAAAGUGACUUUCCUAACAAGUCGGAUCUACAGUUCAGUAAGGAAAAAGUUCAGAAAAGAAGUUAUCGACAGCUGAAGACGACUCUUGUCAAUGUUACUUCUGAAUGCCCAUUGAAUGAUGUUUACAACUUUAACUUGAAUGGAGCUAACGAGCCUGUUAUAAAACUUGGGAUGAAACAUCAGAAGCAUAAAAAUCUCUUUAGUGAUACUGACACCGAAUAUAGAUGUGAUGACAGCAGGACUGAUGUGAGCUGGAUCAAAGAAACCAGAUCGAAGCCCCAGCUGGUCGACUACAGCAGAAGAAACAAGAAGGGGAAGCCCCAGAGACCGGGGAGAGCAAGAUCAUCCCCAGAAAGAAGACAAGCAAGAUCUAAAAUGACAGCCAAGAAAAAUACCGCCAAACAGGUAGAUGAAACAGUUUCAGAUUGGAGAACUAGACUUCCACGGAGAGCAACAAAAACCAAGAAAAAUUACAAAGAUCUCUCAAAUUCAGAAUCGGAGAGCGAACAAGAAUUUUCACCUUUACUGAAAGAGAAGCUGCUAGUGAAGGAGGAUAACCUCCAUUCCAGAAGCAGUGCCGCAGUGCUGCCCAAGAAACAGCAGAAUGCCGUCACUGUGGAGAUACAAGAGCGAUCGAAAGAAUGGGAAAACCUGACUGUGGUCAGAGACCUAACCGAAGAUGAUGGUCUGGGCCUGUCGCCGCCCGCCCGGAGCUCCUCAUCCAUAGAAGUCACGAGAUGUAGAGAGGAAAUAACAGAAGGGGUUUUGACUCACGGCUAUGACCGUAUAACAGAAUCUUUAUCACCUGAUCCAAAAAGGCCAUCAUCGGAAUCAAUAAACAGAAAAUACGGAGUCGGAGGUUCAAAACAGUCACCCAGAAAUUGUGAGAAGAAUUUCCUGCGUACAAGAGAAAGUUGCUCACCAAUUCCAUGCUCCCUUUCUUUUGGGAGUCGCUCUCCAUCACUCUUAUCCUUAUCCAGUGAGGAGAGGGAGAAGACAGGGCGGAACGUGCCCCCAGACGCCGUCCAGGUGCCAGACCCUACGCCUCUUAAUCGCAAACGAAUGUACAUAGAAGACAAGUCAAGUAAUUCAAAAGAAAUAGAAGAGCAAGAGGAAAGCAGAGGAAGCGUUCUUCCCCGGAAAAUGUCAAGAGCUGAAGAUCCAGAGCUUCACUCGGACCCAGGAGAUAAUGGAAGUAUUCCUGAGGAGGAAACUGAAAAUUCGAAUGUAGAAAUGAUAUAUGAGAAAGCCAAUACUGAAAUUCAGAAGAAAGUCAAGGUUCAUGAGAAACUGAUGAAGUAUUUUACAAAGGAGUCUUGGAAAACAGCCCAACAACAUGUGAAAACAGUGAAGCAUCACAUUCAGGAAUAUAGGAUUAAAAAACUCGAUAAGUUCCAAUUCAUCAUCAUAGAAGAGCUGGAGAAAUUUGAAAGAGAUUCACAAACUCUGAAAGAUUUGGAGAAAGAAUUUGCGGAUUUUUGGGAAAAGAUCUGUCAGAAGUUUGCUGGCUAUCAAAAAUGUGAACAGCAGAGGCUUCACCUUUUGAAAGCUGCUUUGGAAAAAUAUGUCUUCUACAACACUGAUUAUGAAGAAACUGUUUUUACUGCUGAGAUGUGCUCAAUGAAAGAAGACAUGAAAAUACUGCAAGAGAGACUUCUUAAGGAAAUGCAACAAGAGGAUCUUCUAAAUGUACGCAAAGGACUGGUGUCAUUAUUUAUGGCUUAUGAAUGAUGUCACUGUCUUUAGCUGAAGAUAAAUCCUGAUGAG